AUGAUAUACUGCCAGGGGCUCCAUUAUUCCAUCCCCGAGGAGGCCAAACACGGCACCUUCGUGGGCCGCAUCGCUCAGGACCUGGGGCUGGAGCUGGCCGAGCUGGUGCCCCGCCUGUUCAGGGUGGCGUCCAAGGACCGCGGGGACCUUCUGGAGGUAAAUCUGCAGAAUGGCAUUUUGUUUGUGAAUUCUCGGAUCGACCGGGAGGCGCUGUGCGGGCGGAGCGAGGAGUGUAGCAUCCACCUGGAGGUGAUCGUGGACCGGCCUCUGCAGGUUUUCCACGUGGAGGUGGAGGUCAGGGACAUUAACGACAAUCCGCCGGUGUUCCCAACCACACAAAAGACUCUCUUUGUUUCAGAAACGAGGCCUCUAGACUCUCGUUUUUCACUAGAGGGCGCUUCAGAUGCAGAUAUCGGAACCAAUGCUCUGCUGACUUACAGACUGAGUCCCAGUGAAUAUUUCUCCCUGGAAGUACCAACCACAGAUGAGCAGGUUAAACCACUCGAACUAGUGCUAAAAAAACCUUUAGACAGAGAAAGGGCUUCUGAGCUUCACUUAGUGGUUAAAGCAACGGAUGGGGGCAAACCCGAGCUCACAGGCACCUUGGAACUACACAUCAUAGUGCUUGAUGUAAAUGACAAUGCUCCAGUGUUUGACAGAGCAAUCUAUCGGGCGAAGCUGGUAGAAAAUGCAAGAAAUGGUACCCUGGUAGUUAGACUAAAUGCCUCAGAUUUGGACGAAGGUUCAAACAGUCAAAUUCUUUAUUCCUUUGCAACGGAUGUUUCCCCUAGGACAGAAGCCACUUUUCAUAUCGACCCAGUCAGUGGAGAAAUUAAAGUCAGUGGAAAAAUAGAUUUUGAAGAAACUAAUUUAUGGAAGAUUCAAGCAGAAGCAGUUGACAAAGGCAGUCCUCCAAUGUUCGGUCACUGCACAGUAUUGAUUGAAAUCCUGGACAUCAAUGAUAAUGCUCCCGAGUUAAUAGUAACAUCAUUAUCACUCCCUGUGCGAGAGGAUGCACAAUUGGGGACAGUUAUCGCCUUAAUCAGCGUGACAGACCCUGACUCUACUGUCAACGGGCAGGUGACCUGCUCUCUGACCCCUCAUGUCCCCUUCAAGCUGGUGUCCACCUUCAAGAAUUAUUAUUCACUCGUGCUGGACAGCGCCCUAGACAGAGAGACUGUCGCUAACUACCACGUGGUUGUGACAGCCCGCGAUGGGGGCUCGCCCUCGUUGUGGGCCACAGCCAGCGUGUCCGUGGAGGUGGCUGACGUGAACGACAACGCGCCCGCGUUCGCGCAGCCCGAAUACACAGUGUUCGUGAAGGAGAACAACCCUCCUGGCGCUCACAUCUUCACGGUUUCGCAGGAGAACGCGCUGGUGUCCUACUCUCUGGUGGAGCGGAGGGUGGGCGAGCGCUUGCUGUCGAGCUUCGUGUCUGUGCACGCAGAGAGCGGCAAGGUGUUCGCGCUGCAGCCUCUGGACCAUGAGGAGCUGGAGCUGCUGCAGUUCCAGGUGAGCGCGCGGGAUGCUGGUGUGCCUGCUCUGGGCAGCAAUGUGACUCUGCAGGUGUUUGUGCUGGACGAGAAUGACAACGCACCUGUGCUGCUGCCCCACGGAGCUGUGGGAGCCGGUGGCGCAGUGAGCGAGCUUGUGCCUAGGUCAGUGGGUUCAGGGCACAUAGUGGCAAAGGUGCGCGCAGUGGAUGCAGACUCUGGUUACAAUGCUUGGCUGUCUUAUGAGCUGCAGUCCGGAGCUGGUGGUGUGCGCAGUCCCUUCCGCAUAGGUCUGUACACGGGCGAAAUCAGCAUCACACGCACCCUGGAUGAAGGACGCCAGCGCCUGUUUGUGUUGGUGAAGGACCAUGGCGAGCCGGCCUUGACAGCCACAGCCACAGUGCUGGUUUCUCUGGUUGAGAGCAACCAGGCACCAAAGACCUCCUCACGGGCGUUGGCGGGCACAGAAGCCUCUGAACCAUCUAUAGUGGAUGUCAACGUGUAUUUGAUCAUAGCCAUCUGUGCGGUGUCCAGCCUAUUGGUGCUCACACUGGUUUUAUACACAGCACUGCGGUGCUCAGCGCUGCCCACUGAGGUUGCAUGUGGAACUGGGAAGCCCGUGCUAGUGUGCUCCAGUGCGGUGGGGAGCUGGUCUUACUCUCAGCAAAGGAGGCAGAGGGUGUGUUCUGGAGAGGGUCCGCCCAAGACCGACCUCAUGGCCUUCAGUCCCAGUGUUCCUCCUGGUUUGGGUUCUGGAGAUAGUGGAGUCCAACAAGAGAUCUUUGAGAACGUAAGUACCAAAAUCCUGGGAUACAUUCCAUCCCUGGUGAUGCCUCAGAUGUAG